AACGUCUGUGUUUCGCUGUGUCACCGCUCUUGUGUCGGUGUGUGUGAGACUGUACCUUUGGGUGCCUUAGUGUCUGAGUCUUUCUCUGCCUGUCUGUGGGACUACCGUUGUUUGUGUGAUUUUACCUUAGUGUGUGUGUGUGUGACUGCACAUUUUUGUGUGUGUUUUACCUGUGUGUGUGUGAGAGAGAGAGAGUACCUGUAUCAGUGUGUGUGAGAGAGAAACUACCUGUGUGUGAGAGAGAGAGACUGUACCUGUGUAUGUGAGGGAGAGACUGUACCUGUGCGUGUGUGAGGGAGAGGGAGAGACUGUACCUGUGCGUGUGUGAGGGAGAGGGAGAGACUGUACCUGUGCGUGUGUGAGGGAGAGGGAGAGACUGUACCUGUGCGUGUGUGAGGGAGAGACUGUACCUGUGCGUGUGUGAGGGAGAGACUGUACCUGUGUGUGUGAGAGAGAGAGGGAGACACUAUACCUGUGUUUGUGUGAGAGAGAGGGAGAGACUGUACCUGUGCGUGUGUGUGUGAGAGAGGGAGAGACUGUACCUGUGUUUGUGUGAGGGAGAGGGAGAGGGAGAGACUGUACCUGUGUUUGUGUGAGGGAGAGGGAGAGAGACUGUGCCUUUGUGUGUAGGACGAAGGGUGGGUGUAGGCAGGGUGUAGUACAAGUUGAGCGACCCGGAAGAGAGCAGAAUAAAGUGGUCUCCGCCUCCGGACGUCCCGAGAGAGAGAGAGGAGCUCCGCUCAGCUGCUCGAAGGUUUGCUGCGACCGAUACGGGACCCGGCAAGAGAGGACGAUGGCGGCGCUUCUCUGGGCUAUUGUGGGGGCUGCCCUCAGCCUGCAGCCCGUCCUGGGCGAGAGUUUGGAGGUAGUGGUGAAAGAUCCAAGCGACCUGAUUGUGGUGGGCAGCGAUGUGACCCUCCAGUGCCUGCCUACUGGGCUCAACCUGUCCUCCUGCAAGUUCCAGAUGUACCACAAGUGGAUUAGAUCGUGGAUCAACAUCGACACCACAACCACGUUCCGUUGCUGGUUUUACAACUUCAACGUCAGCAGGGUGAACGGCGAGCUCCUGCUGCAGGUGAAAGGCAUUUACAAAUGGCACACUGGUCCCUACCGCUGUGUGUCCAACGGGAGCGAGGGGGAGAUCGUGUCUGACAGCAUCACCAUCCCUUUACAGUACCUUAAUGACGUCUCCAUCACUGAGCCAGGCAGCCACUUCAGCCACUACACCAGGAGCCCACGGGUCAUCCGGGUCAUGAAGGGCAAGAGCCUGGAGGUGACGUGCUCAGCCAGCUCCUCGCAGCCCCCACUUUUCCAGUGGAAGCGACAGGACAGUGAAUGGAUUUAUCCAAACAGUUCUCUGCGGAUUGAGGAGGUCACUGCCAAGGAUGGAGGGACCUACACGUGUAAAGCCACUCACCCCUCCAUCCCCACCCUGACCCAGUGCAGGUCUGUUCUCAUCGAAGUGGUGGAAGAACCCCUCAGUUCCUUGCAGCUGAACGAGAUGAAUUUGAUCUUGGCCAUCGUUCUGCCGGCCGGAGUCCUCCUGCUGACUGCAGUCGGGAUCGCUACCUACAUGUAUCGGGCUCGAAAGGACAAAUGGAAGAAAACGAAGUUUCUCGACGACGAGGUUGUGAAGACUCCGAUCUGGAAGGGCGGCUCCUUCCGCUCUCCCGUCACCGUGUCGGACUCUGUCCCCCUGGUCAUGUGAGGAGGAUUCCCUUGAUGUCUAACCCGUCAUCUGAAGAAUUAAACUUUCCUCCUCCUUUGUAAUGUUUUGGACGCGGGAUAAGUGAUGGAUUUUCUGGAUUAUCUAAACUUCAACGACUCAGUGUUUUUCUCUGCUGUGAGCUAUAUUGGUGGUGGAUGGGGUGAAGGAAUUGAUUUUUUAUUAUUCUGUCUUAAAUGAAAGUUUAUUACUACUCUUGUUCAUAUAUAGAAAAAUUGAUCAAAUAGACGAAGGAAAGGAAGGGUUUUAGAAUAACUUAUUGGGAUUACGAUGGUUUAAUGUUCCCCUGAGCAGCCACCGUAAGGGAGAACAGCACAGCCUGUUGGACGGGAUGAGUUCCUGUGGUGUUUGAGUCCACUAACUCUUUCACGGCUUGACGGGAAAGUUUGUGGGGAAGGUUUGGGUGCUUUAGCAACUGUAGAAAGUACAAGGGCUGAGGGCAGGCGAUUUGAGGCACUCCCUGCAGAUCCGUGGAGGUUGAAAGGCUCGGACUUUUCCUGAAUUAAUCCCCUAUUUUCUGUCGGAUAUGCUUCCUAGUGAUUGCAGAUCAAUAUAAUAUUGUGCUUUAAUUAAUUAGUUCUAGGAUACUUUAAUGGACGUUUUUACAUUAGUGAGUCAUUGGGUUGGGUGUGGUCCCUUUAAUUAAAGGGGCAGGCACACGGUGACCGGUGUAGUUCUUUGCUCCGCCACCAGAAGGUGAUGUUGGGCGGGGCGGAGCUACUGCCACCCAGAGGCGGAGCAAUGUAACUGCACUUUAAAAAAAAUUAACUUGAUCCACUUUGCCGGUUACUCCUUUGGGAGCGUUAAUGAAUAAAGUGCUUGGUGUGUGGAGUAAAUGA